ACACAAGAAAAAAAAUGUACAUUAUCAUUUCCGCACGAAUCAAAGAUGGCUCUUGCCAUUGCUUCUGCUCUCACUUCCACGCUCACAUUAUCCACGACGAGCAGAGUCGAGAUCCCAACCGAGAGAAGACGACAAGCACCGUGGUGUGCAUCACGGGACGGUGGAAGAAUAAAUAGCGACCGCGCAGUGGUGGUUCGUGCUGGCAAAGAAGUGUCUAGUGUCUGUGAACCACUUCCUCCAGACCGUCCUUUGUGGUUCCCUGGUAGUUAUCCACCUGAAUGGCUCGAUGGCAGCCUACCCGGCGAUUUCGGUUUCGAUCCUCUCGGUUUAGGGUCUGACCCGGACACACUGAAAUGGUUUGCACAAGCUGAGCUCAUUCAUAGCCGGUGGGCAAUGCUGGCAGUAACCGGUAUCCUAAUACCGGAAUGUCUCGAGCGGUUAGGUUUCAUAGAGAAUUUCUCAUGGUACGACGCAGGGUCACGUGAGUACUUCGCGGAUUCCACUACGUUAUUCGUGGCUCAAUUGGUUUUAAUGGGAUGGGUAGAAGGCAGAAGAUGGGCCGAUUUGAUCAAGCCGGGGUCCGUCGACAUAGAACCUAAGUACCCACACAAAGUGAAUCCUAAACCGGAUGUUGGUUACCCGGGAGGUUUAUGGUUCGAUUUUAUGAUGUGGGGGAGAGGUUCUCCUGAACCGGUUAUGGUGUUAAGGACUAAAGAGAUUAAAAACGGACGGCUGGCGAUGCUUGCUUUCGUUGGUUUCUGUUUCCAAGCUACUUACACUAGUAGUCAAGAUCCAAUUGAGAAUCUCAUGGCUCAUCUUGCUGAUCCUGGUCACUGCAACGUCUUCUCGGCAUUUACAACUCACUGAUCAGGAUUGGCAUGCCAUAAAUAUAAUUUAUUUUAUAUAAUAUCAGCAAUUAUGGAUGUUGAACUUUUGUAUAUAGUUUUACUCGUCCUUUUAUUACAACUUAUGCUUAAUUAAUUAAUAUGUAAAAUGAAGAAAAUACAAGACAAUUGAAAAUUUA